AUGGCUGCUAAUGGUAGGCAGGUUGUGGAGGAUGAAGAAAGCCUUUCUGUUGGAAGUAAAAUCCAACCUUUCUCCUCUACACCCAUGCAAGUUUCUGACUUUCUCAUACUUUCUUACCCACUUCUCCUUCUCUCUUUGGUGUCAGAACAGAAGCAAACUUCCCCUACAUUAGCUGAGAUACUGGGCUUUGAUGAGAUAUUUUCCUUAAAUGUUUGGCGAGCAUCUGUAGGGGAGCUUCUUGGCUCAGCUGUUCUCGUCUUCGCUCUCGACACCAUAGUUAUCUCAACCUAUGAGACUCAAACCAAAAUGCCAAACCUGAUAUUGUCAAUCCUCAUUGCUCUCACAAUCACAAUCUUACUUCUUGCCGUCUUUCCUAUCUCCGGUGGUCACAUCAACCCCGUCAUCUCCUUCUCCGCCGCGCUUGUUGGCCUCAUUUCCAUUUCACGCGCCACCAUCUACAUUCUGGCACAAUGUGCUGGUGCUGUGCUAGGGGCAUUAGCACUCAAAGCUGUGGUGAGUAGCACAAUUGAACAAUCCUUCUCUCUUGGAGGGUGCACCCUCACAAUCAUCACUCCAGGUCCAAAAGGGCCCAUCACCAUAGGCCUCGAGGCGGGCCAGGCCCUUUGGCUCGAAAUAAUAUGUACCUUUGUGUUCCUUUUUGCCUCGAUUUGGAUGGCAUAUGACCAUCGCCAAGCAAAGGCCUUAGGUCUCGUUAAGGUCUUCAUGAUCAUCGGAGGUGUCCUUGGUCUCCUAGUGUUUAUCUCAACGACGGUCACGGCUAAAAAGGGCUAUGCUGGUGCUGGAAUGAACCCGGCAAGGUGUUUGGGCCCGGCACUUGUUAGGGGUGGCCACCUCUGGAAUGGGCAUUGGGUCUUUUGGGCCGGCCCGAUAAUUGCUUGCGUGGCGUUCUAUUUGUACACGAAGAUCAUUCCCCGUCGGCACUUCCAAGCAAAAGGGUACAAACAUGAUUUCUUGAAUAUUUUGAAGGCUUUGUUUGGAUCAAAUGGUGGGCAGAAUUAG